CAAGCGGCCACCGGGCGACUCCAUGUUCACGCUGGUCCAGCGUUUCGGGGAGCUGAUGCGCAAGAUGUGGAAUCCGCGGAAUUUUAAAGCCCAUGUAUCGCCGCACGAAAUGCUACAGGCGGUGGUGCUGUGGUCCAGCAAGCGGUUCCAGAUCACCGAGCAGGGCGAUCCCAUCGAUUUCCUGUCCUGGUUCCUCAACACGCUGCAUCGCGCCUUGAAGGGCAACAAGCAGCCCAACUCGUCCAUACUCUACAAGAUCUUUCUGGGCGAGAUGCAGAUCUAUACGCGCAAAAUACCGCCCGUGGAGCUGGACGACACGGCCAAGGCGCAGCUGCUGGCCACCGACGAGUACAAGGACCAGGUGGAGCACACCAAUUUCAUCUACCUCACCUGCGAUCUGCCGCCGCCACCGCUGUUCACCGACGAGUUUCGCGAGAACAUCAUUCCGCAGGUGAAUCUCUACCAGCUGCUGGGCAAGUUCAAUGGCAGCGCGGAGAAGGAGUACAAGACCUACAAGGACAACUUCAUGAAGCGCUUCGAGAUCACCCGCCUGCCGCAGUUCAUCAUUCUGUAUAUCAAGCGGUUCACCAAGAACACCUUCUUCCUGGAGAAGAAUCCCACCAUCGUGAACUUUCCCAUCAAGAACGUGGACUUUGGCGACAUUCUGGGCAUGCGGCAGCGCGAUAAGGAUGUCAAGGACACCAAGUACAAUCUGGUGGCCAAUAUUGUGCACGAUGGAGAUCCCAAGAAGGGCACCUAUCGCGCCCACAUACUGCACAAGGCCAACGGCCAGUGGUACGAGAUGCAGGACCUGCAUGUCACCGAGAUCCUGCCCCAGAUGAUCACGCUCACCGAGUCCUACAUCCAGAUCUACGAACGCUGUGCGGACUCCUCAUGAUCCCCCUGACUUGUAGUCACUGCUAGCUGUAUUUCGAUAAACAAACUCCCUGAUCCAAAACUAAUAUAUGCCGUAGUCGAGUGUAGCGACUAUGAGAGGCCCUCAAAUAGGACAACCACUC